CACACGUAAAUGCCUGUUCGUCUUCAAGUCUUCCAUAAUUCACCAAACGUCGUUGCUUAUUCUCUCACACUUCGAGUCCACUGCAUUUCUAGGGUUUUCUUUCGUUAAACCUGUAUUGGACAUUCAUGCGGAAUGAUUUUGUGUGCUGCGUUCAAUUGGUGUUUUUUACUGGAGAUAUUCACUUUUAGGAUAAUCGUGACGAAAGAUGGGCAUGUCCAUAAUCCUUAAAAAAGAUAGCAAAACUAUAUGCCGAACAAUGUGCCCGGACCCGCCGGCUGACCUGCCGAAAGACUUAAACAUAAAUUCUGUGAUUUCAAAGAAGAAGACAUGUAGUCUUUCUGAAUUGCCCCGGUUUUCACUAACACCUGCUCCAGACAGUUCGCAUGAAAAGCUUGAGUGGGGGAGGUUUUUGAGUUUCCUAUGCAAACAUGACAUGGUUGCUAUUGUUAACUUUGAGCAGUGUAAGCUUUACAUUCUGCCUCCUACUAUAGCCUCAACAUCUAGCCCAGUUAGUGUUGCAUAUCAGAUAGAUAAUACAUGUACAGUAGAUACUCGUGCAAGGGAUUGUGAAUCAGGUUCACACUUGGCUGAGGAAUGUGGUGGACCGAAUACUUCCAUGGCGAGAGGUCCAGCAAAUGGUGCUGUUGUUUGCUCCUCAGAUCUUAAGUUUCCUUCAGCUACAGCUGAAACUUGUGGCGGAUUUCAAUCUCAUGUGACGCAGGAUAGAUUCCCUGAAAAAAAUUUCAUACGUGUAGACCCAAGUUACUUGAAAACUCUUAGCCAGGUUCACUCUGGAUGGAUUUUUGGUGGAAUAGCCGAGCUUGUUGAUAAUUCAAGGGAUGCCAAAGCAACUAAGGUGGACAUUUUUGUAGAAACGAUUAAGUUGAAAACAUCUGGAAAGGAUGUUCCUAUGCUAUCUUUUAUCGAUGAUGGGCAAGGGAUGAACCAUGAUGAGGUUAUGAAAAUGGUAUCUUUUGGGCACAAAAACCCUGAUAAAGAUGACAAGGAUCACAUCGGCAGAUUUGGGGUUGGAUUUAAGACAGGAUCAAUGAGGCUUGGGAAAGAUGUUCUUGUUCUAACCCAGACUGCUAAUUCCAGAUCUCUAGCUUUUCUUUCGCAGUCAUUGAACGAAGGCAAAGAUAAUAUUGAGAUUCCCGUAGUUAGUUAUUGCCGACAAGGGCAAUGUAUGGAAGUUGACCGAAAUGUUCAGUCUGAAGCUUUGGCAAAAUACAAUUUGAAAGCUAUCAAGCAAUUUUCACCAUUUAAUAAGUAUCUUAUUGGUGAAAAGGCAGCCUUGUUUUGUGGUGGGACGGGAACACAGAUAUAUAUAUGGAACUUGGAUGAAUGGGGAUCAGAGUGUUGUCUAGAAUGGCAUGAUGGAUUGAAAGGUGGCAGUUCUUUCCACCAAGGAGACAUUUUCAUUCGCAGUAGAAGGAGUCGAUCUCGUCCAGGCCAAGUUAAUCAAAAGGUUCCAUUGGAUUACUCACUACGAGCUUAUUUAGAAGUCAUCUUCUUAAUUCCACGAAUGAAGAUAACUGUUCAGGGGACACUGGUUAAAACUCGGCCGUUAGCAAAUUUCCUGACUAAAACUGUUAUUGAAACUGGUGACAUCUUGGGAAAACCCUUUGAAUUGAUUCUGGGAUUCAAUCAAUUAGAAUGGGAGCGGGCAAGCUGUGGAAUAUUUUUGUAUUGGCAUGGUCGUUUAAUUGAGGCUUACAAGAGAGUUGGUGGCAUGAUUUAUAGUGCAGAUGUGGGCCGGGGUGUAAUUGGUGUCAUAGAUGUGACCAAUAUAAUGGAUGAUCCGGGUGGUCAUGUCUGGGUGCAUAAUAACAAGCAGGGAUUCCAAGAUUGUGAAUUAUAUGCACGUCUUGAGCAGUGGCUUGGUAGAAAAGCUGAUGAAUACUGGGAUAAUAAUUUUGAUUCACUCAAGCUGAUCAGAAAUAGUUGUGUCUUCAAACCAGAUUGUGAAUGGGUGCAAUGUGACAAGUGCAGAAAGUGGAGAAUAUUACCUCCUGAUUUUGGCAGCAUAAAAUUACCUGCGCAAUGGUUCUGUUAUAUGGAACCUUUCGAAGGUCAAUGUGCAGAUCCUGAACAGAAGAUGAGGCAAGGAGUAGUCACUGUUUCCACAAUACGUUCAGACUAUGAUUGCGUUCCAAAAGAUUCUCAUAGUAAAAAGACGGAAACUUUUACGAAUGCCUCUGACACAGAUGACAAAUUGAUCAAGUCUGGGGAUAUCAGAUCUCCAGCCUUAAAGAGGUUGAGAAAGGGACUUCCAAGAUCUGAGGUCAGAACUCCGUCCAUAUCCAAUCAGAGAAAGGGAUAGCAACACAGCUAAAACAGGGAGGGUACAACUACCACCAGAAAGAUGUAAAUCUCUCUUUCUUUCUUUCUUUUUUCUUUUUUGGGCCAUAGCAAAAUUUUGUUCAGGUGGUUGAUAUCGAUUAAUAGAUUUGCUUCAAA